AUGCAAGAUGACAUGAUAAAUAAGGAUUCUCAACUAACAUCAAAGACAGAAACUAAUUUACAGUCCAGUAAAUUAUUUGAUUCUCAACUGAAAAACUUACAGAUUAAAUUUGAAAAUAAUUUAAAUAAUGAUUACGACACUUUCAAUAGAAUAUCUUCGAACACUUUAUUCAAUUUAAUUAAUGAUACGAAACUUUGGAAAAAUCAUUAUUCAGAUUUGAAAAUCAUUGAUUGUAGGUUUAAUUAUGAAUUUAUUGGGGGUCAUAUCGAAAAUUCCAUCAAUAUCAAUUCAAUAGAACAUUUAAAGAAUUUUUAUUUUGAUAGUACACGCAAAUGUAGUAAGAAACCAGAGUUAUUGAUUUUCCAUUGCGAAUUUAGUCAAUUUAGAAGUCUUUAUUUAUUAAAACAAUUAAGAAGAUUAGAUAGAUUUAAUUGUCUUGAUAAUUAUCCAUUAUUAAACUUUCCUGAUUUAUUGAUAUUGAAUGAAGGAUAUAAAGAUUGGUUUAGCUACUAUCCAUUAAAAUGUUCUCCACAAAAUUAUAUUCCAAUGGUUUCGAAUCAAAAUUACGAAUUAUAUUUACAAGAUUUUUCUAAUUGUAAAUUAGAUUUAUGUACAAGUAAAUUGGAUCCACCUACACAUACAAAUAAACAAAACACUAUGGAGAAACGUUCUCUUAGAAAAACGAACACUGCCAUCUCUUUCAAAUCUGAUUUUAAUGAAAUUCGUCCCACAUUUAGAAAAUCUUGUUCAUCAAAACUCUUUGCUGAUGAACUGAUUACUAAAGAAUCUCAUGACCCAUCCUUAUUAUUAAAACGCGUACUCCAAGACAAUUUUUAA